UCUCCUGAAGAUGAAGGGAGCAGAAUUAAAAACGGUAUCUCGACAGAAGAUAGGAUCAGAGGUGUCAAGCCAAGAAUGCUAUGUGAGAGUCAGGAAAAGAGAUCUGGAAAGACUCACCACAGAAGUCAUGCAGCUCCGUGAGUUCCUGCCCAGAGUUCUCAACGGGGACCUGAUCGAAAUGCUCCACAAAGCUCGGGCUGCAGAAUCAACGAAGGCCCGCAUUGAGCAGGAGCAGGAGCAGUUGAGGCAGGACUGCCAGCACCUCCGCUCUCGGCUGGACGCUGCGCAGAGCGAGUGUCAGAGGGAGAGAGAGGAGAAGCUGGUUCUCCGGGAGCAGCUGUGGGAGGGCCGGGAGCAGCUGCAGCAGCAGGCGGAGUUCUGCACAGCGUUAGGCGCGGCCGCCUGCACGCUGCUCUGGAGCGCCUCCAGCAGGGAGGAGGCCGUCAAGGACAUCCUAACUGACGGCAAGGUGGAUGCUUUCCUGACUGUUGCAGGGCAGACUCUUGAGAGCUUUGUGAAGUCUCUGGGGGAGGAGGAGACGAAGGCAGAGCAGCAGGACCUCUGCUCCAAUGAGAGCCGGUUUGUCCUGGCACUGGCUGGCACCAUCACCAACAUAGCUGCGGUGACGUGUGGGCGGGACUUCCUGUCCACCUCGGCUCACGUCCUGUUGGACACGCUGACGCAGCUGUUGGAGAUCAUGAAGCCAGGGGUGUGCCCGAAACUGAAAGUGUUGAUGCUGAUGGCUCUGUAUAAUGUCAGCAUCAAUGUGAAAGGUCUGCAGUAUAUCAGCGAGAGCCCGGGACUCGUUCCACUCAUCUGCUCCCUGCUCCAAGACGCGGACCCCGAGGUGUGCCUCCACGCCCUGCGGCUGCUGCAGUCCCUGCUGCUGGAGCAGGGGGUGCUCGCCCGCCUCGCCCCCGAGCUGAUGGACGCCCUCCCCCUCGCCCGGAUACGGCAGCUCUCCGCCAGCGGGCACGGCGCCCUGCGACAGGCUGCCCGGGAGACGCUGGAGGACCUGGAUGCUGCCGGCGCCGUGCAGGACGGACAGCGCCCCCUACAGGGAUGCUCCCCACGCCACGGAGGAGAGGAGCCGUGGCGCAGCAGAACGGCGUGA